GUUCCUGUAAGUGUGAAUCUUCUUCCUUCAGAAAUGACCUCCGCUUUCCAAGCGGUACGUGGAGGGGCAGCCAAGCUCAACACUGAGUUCUAUAUACCUCUAGUUGGUCUGGGAACCUACAAAAUUACUGGAGCUCAGGUGAAACCGGCUGUCGAUGCAGCAUUAGGCAGUGGAUAUCGCUUGUUUGACACCGCUAAAUACUAUGUGAAUGAGCCGGAGCUGGGAUCUGCACUAUCGGAACUGCUUCCAAAGCAUGGCUUAUCACGCUCUGAUAUCUUCCUCACUACGAAGUUUUUCCCUGACCCUGAAGAUCCUGCGGCUGCUGCCAGGCGGCUUGUUAAUGAAUCUCUGGAGAAUCUGAAAACAGACUAUCUCGACAUGGUCCUCAUUCACUAUCCGAAAGCUCAAACAUCGGAAGAAAAAGACGAAAAAAAUCCAAUUCAUCGGAAGCUCACUUAUUUAGAGCUCGAGAAAAUGAAAGACGAAGGUAAAAUUCGAUCAGUCGGAGUAUCAAACUACGAGUCACGCCAUAUUGAGGAAAUCAAAAAUUAUGGAAAGGUGGCAACUUAUUUCCAUGUUCAGAUGAUGCCAUGCGCGAAUCAAGUGGAGUAUCAUCCUCAUUUUACACGAGAUGAAUUGAAAGAUUACUGUAAAAAAGAAGGAAUUUUCUUCCAGGCAUUCUCAUCGCUAGCUCGACAUGAGCCUGCACUCGUCAAUGACCCAGUAGUCGUCGAUUUGGCGAAAACCCAUAAUACCACAGUUCCUAUAAUUCUGUUGUCAUUUGCGCUGAGCCAAGGUGUAGGGAUCGUACCGAAGUCCACGAGUCCACAACGGAUCAAGGAGAAUUUGGAGGUGAGAGAUAAAAAGUUCUGUUUGGAAAGUAGAGUUUGUAGUCGUGCUAGGUUGCUGCGAGUACAAAUUUCAAGAGUCUAG